ACACUUUCAAUGUACAGCAAGUAUGAAUUUAGACAUAGAAAUAGGAGAUUGUUGUUAGUCAAAAUAUUAUCAUACGCAAUACCAGAAAUAAAACCCCGAGAUUAUUUGUUUAACUUGCCUCCCGACGCGCAGAGGUAAUAAGGUCUCGGUUUUACCAGGUUCCCUGAAGGCGGCACCAACAUAGCAAUGGCGGCACAGUUCCUUGAGUAGUUGCUUCGGUGUGGUGAAGUCAGAUUAAACUACUACUUGAGAUUGGAAUACCUCACCUCGGCCAUGUUUCAUCGACACAUUUUACGGACAUGUUUAUUCCCGAGUAGAGUGGCACAACUCGGUCGUUUGCCACCUGUUUACAGAGCCCAGAGUCCGCUUUGUACCGGAAGUGACGAGGUGCGCCUGGCAGAGGAGGCCAGCAGGAAGUAUGGCUCCCAGGCUCCGACCAUCUUCUCCAAAGUCAUCGACAAAAGCAUCCCUGCAGACAUCAUCUACGAGGACGACAAGUGCUUGGCUUUUAGGGAUAUCAGUCCGCAGGCCCCGGUGCACUUCCUGGUCAUUCCAAGGAUCGCCAUUCCCAGGAUAAGUCAAGCCCACGAUGAUGAUGCUGAGCUCUUAGGACAUUUACUGGUGGUGGCCAAGAAUGUGGCCGAGCAACAAUCGCUAACCGAAGGUUACCGAGUGGUCAUCAACGACGGAAAACACGGCGCUCAGUCCGUCUACCACCUUCACGUCCACGUGUUAGGAGGGAGACAGAUGACAUGGCCGCCAGGAUGAAUAACAGCUGUUUUUAAACCUUUGAUUGCGAACAACUGCGAGUGUGACGUGUCAGACGUGGUGCGAUCCACUGACCUGUGUGCACUUCGAGGAGGUUACUGCCAGUCACCCGGGAGCCAACAUGAACUUUGACCUACAUUUCCUUCCGACAACAAAAUGCUGCAGGUUUGCCUUGUGUCACAUUUGCGUCUUUUGGCUGCACGUCAAGUUGUCGUGUUCACGCCGUGGAAAUCCUACAAACAAGUGGACCCUCCAAGUCAAACAUGUUUUCCCCCCACAGAAAAUCAGGCAAUCUGUUCCAGGGUCAAACUGUCACCCUAUUAAAACCCUUAUUACCUGUACAUGUGAUGUUC